CUUCGGAAGAAACAUGAUUCGCGCUUGCAUCGUCCUAGCAUUGGCCACCAGUGCCUUCGCUGGUUUCGUCGGCCACGCUGGCUUUGGCGUCGCGCAUGGCGGUUACGGCCUCGGCUUGGCUGCUGCCCCAGCUGUGGCCACCGUUGCCCACGCUGCCCCAGUCGCCACCGUCGCCCACGCUGCUCCAGUCGCUACCUUCGCCGCCGCUCCAGUCGCCACCGUAGCCCAUGCCACUCCUGUCGCCACCUACGCAGCUGCUCCAGUGGCUACCCCUAUCGCCACCCCAGCUGUUGCCACCUACCACGCAGCCCCAGCUGUCACUGCCGUCCACGCUGCCCCAGCUCUUGCUACCACCGCCAUCCAUCACGCCCCAGCUGUCGCUACUGUGGCCCAUGCUGCCCCUGCCUUCGCGGCCUACCACGCUGCCCCAGCUUACUACGGCUAUGGCGUUGGCACCCUCGGUUACGGUGCUGGUCACUACGGUUAUGGCCACGGCCUUCUCGGCUACGGCCUCAACUACGGCUAUGGUCUUGGCACUCCAUUCCAUUAUGGCGCUCUCCUCCGCAAGAAGUGGCAUGUGGCCCAGCGCCCACGGCACAAUGACGCUAAGAUCUUGCCACACCCUACACUUUGUAUAAAACGUGAUGAAAGAUCGCACUGGAGUAGCAGUUCUUUCAGCAGCAGCUUCCGAACAACCAUGAUUCGCGCGUGGAUCGUCCUAGCAUUGGCCACCAGCGCCUUCGCUGGUUUCGUCGGCCACGCUGGCUUUGGCGUCGCGCAUGGCGGUUACGGCCUCGGCCUGGCUGCUGCCCCUGCUGUGGCCACCGUUGCCCACGCUGCUCCAGUCGCUACCUUCGCCGCCGCUCCUGUCGCCACCGUAGCCCAUGCUGCUCCAGUCGCCACCUAUGCCGCUGCUCCAGUGGCUACCGCUAUUGCCGCCCCAGCUGUUGCCACCUACCACGCCGCCCCAGCUGUUGCCACCUACCACGCAGCCCAAGCUGUCACUGCCGUACACGCAGCCCCAGCUCUUGCUACCACCGCCGUCCACCACGCCCCAGCUGUCGCUACUGUGGCCCAUGUAGCCCCUGCCUUCGCUGCCUACCACGCUGCCCCAGCCUACUACGGCUAUGGCGUUGGCACCCUUGGCUACGGUGCUGGUCACUACGGUUACGGUCACGGCCUUCUCGGCUACGGCCUCAACUACGGCUAUGGUCUUGGCACUCCAUUCCAUUAUGGUGCUCUCCUCCGCAAAAAGUGUUCGCGCUUGCAUCGUCCUAGCAUUGGCCACCAGCGCCUUCGCUGGUUUCGUCGGCCACGCUGGCUUUGGCGUCGCGCAUGGCGGUUACGGCCUCGGCCUGGCUGCUGCCCCUGCUGUGGCCACCGUUGCCCACGCUGCUCCAUGCCGCUCCAGUCGCCACCUAUGCCGCUGCUCCAGUGGCUACCGCUAUCGCCGCCCCAGCUGUUGCCACCUACCACGCAGCCCCAGCUGUCACUGCCGUCCACGCUGCCCCAGCUGUUACUGCCGUGCACCACGCCCCAGAUGUCGCCACGGUUGCCCAUGCUGCCCCUGCCUUCGCUGCCUACCACGCUGCCCCAGCUUACUAUGGCUAUGGCGUUGGCACCCUCGGCUACGGUGCUGGUCACUAUGGUUACGGCCAUGGUCUUCUCGGCUAUGGCCUCAACUAUGGCUACGGUCUUGGCACUCCAUUCCAUUAUGGUGCUCUCCUCCGCAAGAAGUAAAUGAUGUUCAUCCUCCUAGUCCUGAAGGAAUAAAAAUAUUUAUUUCUAUUCA